AUGACCUCCCCCGCCCCAGCGUACGCGGCCGGGGCGGCGUAUCCUGGCUCGGAUGCCGCUGCCUCCAGCAGCUAUGCCACCUUCUCGGGCCCAUCGGCGACUCAACAGCCCCGCAGGGCAGUCAUGCUCAAAGGCCCUUCGAUUACCUCCAAGACCUACUUCGUGCCGCUCCCAGCCACAUUGGACCAGCUUGUGGCUAGGGCUGUCGAGCUCUUCCCCAUGCCGCCAGGCAAGGUCCCACACAUCACCCUCGGCGCCGACGAGCGCGCCAUCGUCCUGCAAGAGUCGUACGACUACAUCCGUGAUCGCGAGCUCCUCUUCUUCCGCUGGACCGCGGAAACACCGCGACGCAACCUCGCCAACCGCGUUCGAUGGGACCAGCCUCAGUCUUCUGCUUCCGCAACCCCUACCUCGGCCUCGGCAUCGUCAUCCAACGUCGGCAUCGAAGAUGCGCUGCCCUCGGCCGUCGUAUCGGCAGCAGAGGCGCUCAAGGCACAAUUGCAAGGCUCGCCCUCGGCAAAACGCGACUUGGCAGCUGCAACGCGCGCCAACACCAUCGCCAACAGGGACCCAAAUACACAGUUCCGAGAGGGCGCAGCCGCACGAAAGGCGCACGCACAGCGCGUCCUGGCUGAACAGCAGCGCAAGCGAGACGAGGAACACACCGCAGACGCACUCGGCGCCGCCCCCGUCAUCUCGGAGGAAGUCGAGAGCGACAUGAUUGUUGACGCCGAUCCCGAGGCCGUCGCAAAGGCCGCCCUCGAGCUCGCACCCAAUUCGCCUACCGUCAGCCCAACCCAAUACCCUUCCGUGGCCACGGAGGCAGAGCAGCCUCCAGCGAUCGAUUCGUCAAAGGAGCAGUCGGUUGCGGUCGAGACCAGCACCGAGGCGGCCUCUAUCGAACAAGAUGGUCAGCCAUCCUCACCGGAGGUCGAGCUGGGUGAGCUCGUGCACGCCUCGGCCACAGACGCCAUGUCCAUCGAGUCGCCACCUCGCAAGAAGCAGAUCGACAACGGCGGCCUCGACACGCCUCCCUCGAGCGGCAGUCGAUCUAGCUCUCCCUUCCACAGCUCCGACCGCGCAUCCGUCGACCACCGAGCGCGCGUCGACGCAGACGACGAGCCCUCCAGCUCGCCCAUCUCCUCGCCCUCGCGCGACGUGUCUUCGCGCCACAAGCACCUCCUCAACGUCGCACCUAUACCCGAACUCGGACACUUGCCUGCCGUGGUGCUCAGCCACGAGUCGGAAGCGCCCCACAUGGCCCUUACUGAUUCUGCGGAUUCGACCGAUCCUUUCGCCAUGCAAGUCGAUGCACCCGCCGAGUCCACCGCUCAGGCGGUUACGGCGGAGGGUGAUGCGUCGAGCGCCGGCCCCACUGAACUGGCCGCGACCAAGCCACGAGAUGGCCAGAGCGAUCGCGAACUCAACCGCAUCUACAGCUUCCUCUCCAACCUCGUCUCGCAGCUGCUUUCGCACAAGGCCAACUGGGCGUUCCAGCGACCCAUGAGCGUCGAAUUCGAGCAGUUCGCCGCACGCAGCUCGCGACCCGUCGACCUCUUCACGAUUCGCGACAGCCUCGCUGCACGCAGGUACGGCAGCCAGCACCUCGAGGGUCGCAUGGCCGCCAACGCCGUCGUCACCGAGUUUGAGGACGAUCUCUCGCUGCUCUACUCGAACGCGCGUCACUUCUUUGGCAUCCGAUCGACGCAGGCAGAGUGCGUAGAGCAUCUCGAAAAGUUCAGCCGCUCCUUCCUCAACGAGUACAAGCGCACGCAGGGAAACGCGCCGCUGCCCAAGGCGUCGUGGGGUGCUUCGUCCGAUCUGGCGUCGGCCAGGCUGUCGGCCUUCCGAAGCCCGGGUUCGCGCCCAGAGAAGCGUGCCGCUCCGCUGCCGUCGUCGGCCUUCUCGAUGCUCCUCACGCCCAGGUCGAAUGCCAGCACGCCCGCUUCGAGCUCGGCGGCCAAGAGGACCGUCGGCAUCAAUGCGCAGUCGGCCAAUGCCAACGCGCUCGGGAUGAUGCGCAGGCCCGACUUUGGCUUUGCCCGCAACGUCUCCUACGACAGCAGCAUGGCACCCGCCAAGCGAGCGCAGCCGACCAUGACCACCAGCGAGGCUUUUGAAAAGGCCCUCCGUGCCGCAACGGCCACGCCGCAGUCGGACCGUAUCAAGCCACGCCAGGAGACCGUUGCACCCUUCCCUACGCGCUCAGUGAUCGAGUCGGACUUUAUGACUCGGCUCCCGCUGCUUUCGCACGAGCAAUCCGAGCAGCAGACGGCUGCGCAGACAACGCCCAGCGCCAGUGGCAAGCGCCAGCUCUUCUCGACUGCCGAGACAGAGCCCGAGGCCACUAGGCCACGAACACCGUCCAUGUCGCCGCCACCCUCGCCCUCGCCCACCAAACGCAACAAGCUUAUGGUGAGGCUCAAGCAGUCCAAGUCUACCUCGCGCCGCAACAAGAAGCGAUCCAAGAACGCCAAGGCGGCACCUGCUGGGGCCUCAGAGCAGGAUGCUAGCAACGUCGGUGCUCUGGUGGAUGCUGAGGAGGAGGACAGUGUGGCGGGCUUGCUCGAUGCCGAGCCGGCUCGAAAGCGCGCACGCACGACCAAGGCGGCUCGAAGCAUCGACGAGCCCGAGCCGAUGACCAAGGCAUCAAAGGGCAAGACCACGCGUGCCUUGUCAUCAGCUCCCGAGGUAGUUGUGUCGUCGACGCCUUCGACUCCGGGACGUAUGCUGCGCCCGCGCAAGUCGACUCCCUCGACCAACGAGCACGACUCGAUCCCGCCCCCCAAGACUCCGCCGCGCUCGUGCAAGAAGACCACCAUCCCCAAAGCCAUCGUCGCCGCAGUCGAGACGCUCGAGGUCGAGGGCUUCGAAGUCAUCGCCUCCACUCGAAGAUCGUCGCGCCAGCGAAAACCAGUCAACCUCGACUAA